CGUUUUAUCGAGUAAAUAAUGCAGUUACAAAGGAAACAAGUAAUCCUUCCAAAUAAAUUUUCUCUCCUCCCAAAGAAACCUCUGCAACAACGACAAGAAAAAAUGUGGCCACUCUCCAAAUCAGUUGUCUUCCUCCCAUGCUUCGCCGCUUUUCUACUCAUCACAGCUCUUUCUUCGGCGUAUGGCUAUGGCUACUCGGAGGCGACAUGUUCAGGAAUAGUUCCCUUGAGGUACCGGAACGAUAAGAUCUCUAUAACAGACUUUGGCGGCGUCGGGGACGGGAGGACGGUGAACACUAAGGCGUUUAGGGCAGCGAUAUAUAGGAUUCAGCAUCUGAGGAGGAGAGGAGGCACGGUUCUUUAUAUACCACCGGGAGUGUUUCUCACGGAGAGCUUCAGUCUCACCAGCCAUAUGACUCUUUUCUUGGCCAGAGGCGCUGUUAUCAAAGCCGUUCAGGAUACAUCAAAUUGGCCAUUGAUUGAUCCUUUGCCAUCUUAUGGAAGAGGGAGGGAGUUACCAGGGGCACGGUAUAUGAGCUUCAUUCAUGGUGAUGGCCUUCGUGAUGUAGUCAUCACUGGACAAAACGGGACAAUAGACGGUCAAGGAGAAGUGUGGUGGAACAUGUGGCGGAGUAGAACACUAAGGUUCACUAGACCGAAUCUAAUUGAGUUCAAGAACUCUAAGGAGAUCAUAAUCUCCAAUGUUAUUUUCCAGAACUCACCCUUCUGGAACAUUCACCCUGUCUAUUGCAGUGAUGUUGUCAUCCAUCACGUUACCAUCUUAGCUCCACAAGAUUCCCCCAACACAGAUGGGAUCGAUCCAGAUUCCAGCAACAACGUCUGCAUAGAAGACUCUUACAUCUCAACAGGGGACGACCUAGUUGCCAUCAAAAGCGGUUGGGACGAGUACGGAAUCGCUUUCGGCCGUCCAAGCUCAAACAUAACGAUCCGCCGCAUCACAGGAUCUUCUCCGUACGCAGGUAUCGCAAUAGGAAGCGAAACAUCAGGAGGAAUCAAGAACAUCGUAGCAGAACACAUCAGUCUCUCCAAUAUGGGCGUUGGAGUCAACAUCAAGACAAACAUUGGUCGUGGAGGAUACAUCAAAAACAUCAAAAUCUCUAACGUCUAUGUUGAAAACGCAAAGUACGGGAUCAAGAUCGCUGGCGACACGGGAGAUCACCCUGACGCGUAUUAUAACCCGAACGCUCUUCCAGUCGUUAAAGGAAUACAUAUUAAUAACGUUUGGGGGGUUAACGUUCAAAACGCCGGUUCCAUUCAAGGCCUUAAGGGUUCACCUUUUACAGCGAUAUGUCUGAGUGAGAUUAGUCUACAUGGAAGCUUGAACUCGUAUCGCACGUGGAAGUGUUCCGAUGUUAUUGGAACUUCGCUCAAAGUCAGCCCUUGGCCUUGUUCAGAGCUGAGAACUACCGGCGGAUCAUAUUCGUGUUCUUCCACCUUCUGAUGUUUUCUAUAUAGUUUACCAAAAAAAAUGUUUUUCUAUAUAUAAGUUUGUAUUUUCUAAAUUUAAACUCAUGAAAUUAAUUUAUAUAAUGGUUACAAAUUAAAAAAAUAAAGAAUGUUGAAUAAGUUUAUAUAGUAAA